CCACACGCGCUCCUCUGCUGAGCGCAGCUGGCAAACUCGAAACGUUCGCGCUGUGUUUUUUGUUUCUUUCUCGGUGCUGGACACGUCUCACCACCCGUUUCUCCUCGCACAUUGUGUUACCAAAAGGAUUAAAGUCACUAUUACGGACGUCAAAUCCUCGCGGGACUUAAUUCGGCAAGAGACCGUGACCGUGCUCUGUUCCUAAUGCCUGAUGUGAAAUCCCCCUGUGGGUUUGAGGUGUCCGAGAAUGAGCACGGAUCUAGAGCGCGCUUCUCUCAAGUCGGGCACGAACUCCCUGGGCUCCGGUGGCCGCGCGCUCUCCGUUAACGUCAAGAAGUUGCACAACGCGCUCAACGUGCUGCUCAACGACUUCGAAAGGGAGCAGUUCAUCCACUGUCUCAACGUUUACCACGCCAAGCGCAAUGUCUUUGAUCUCGUCCAGACUCUCAAAGUCAUUCUCAACACACCCAACAAGCGCCAACUGUUACCCAUGCUGCGCCUGGUUAUACCCCGCUCGGACCAGCUGCUGUUCGACCAGUACACAUCGGAAGGGCUUUAUCUGAAAACGGAUCUUCUGGCAGCCAGUGUCAAACAUGAGUGCUCGGAAGACAUCAGCAGCACGAACGCGCAUGUAGGAGCAUCCUCGGUGCACUUUCUGCACGAGUCCGAGCAGGCCGGUCCUAGUCACGGAUCCGUUCGCGCGGCUCCUGUCUUCAGCACCACGGCUGAGGGGACAGCGCCAGCGCUGAUGCAGGAAGCGCCUGAUGAAAUCCGCCAAGUUACGCUGAAAAGAAGCAAGAGCCACGAAGGCCUGGGAUUCAGCAUACGGGGUGGGUCAGAGCAUGGAGUUGGCAUCUAUGUGUCUUUGGUGGAGCCGGGAUCAUCCGCUGAGAGAGAGGGGCUCAGAGUUGGAGACCAGAUCAUGAAAGUCAAUAACAUGGUGUUUGACCGAGUCACUCAUGGAGAGGCAGUCAAGGUUCCAUAUGGAGGGAUUAAAAGUGAUUGACCAUGUUUACUCAAAGUGCCAGCCUGUAAG